UCGGCGCGGUCUCGCGAGACGCGGAGCGGCUCGGCGCCGAGAUCGCCGCCGGCGGGGAUGAGCGCGGCGCCGGGUGCCCGGGGCCAUGCGUGCGCCGUUGGGCCGCCGGCGUCGCCCGUGCGCUCCGUGCUGCGGCACGUGCAGCUGGAGAACCUGGCGGCCGGGCUCAGCGGCGGCGUCGUGUCCACGCUGGUGCUGCAUCCGCUGGACCUGGUCAAGAUCCGCUUCGCAGUGAAUGACGGAUUGGAGCUGAGGCCAAAAUACAAUGGGAUUCUCCACUGUAUGACCACUGUCUGGAAGCGUGAAGGACUACGAGGCUUGUACCAAGGGGUAACUCCCAACAUGGUGGGAGCAGGGGCUUCCUGGGGACUUUAUUUUUUCUUUUACAAUGCCAUCAAAGCGUAUAAGAAGGAAGGGAAGCUGGAGAGUCUCACUGCAACCGAACACCUGGUAUCAGCUGCAGAAGCGGGAGCCAUGACUCUCUGCAUUACGAACCCAAUAUGGGUAACGAAGACGCGACUUGUAUUACAAUACGACGCUGGUGUUGAUCCCUCAAAGCGACAGUACGCAGGAAUGUCUGAUGCUCUUAUAAAGAUAUACAGGACAGAGGGUAUACGUGGCUUGUAUAAGGGAUUCGUUCCUGGUCUGUUUGGAACUUCACAUGGAGCACUUCAGUUCAUGGCAUAUGAGGAUUUGAAACAGAGAUACAACAAGUACAGAAACAGAGUGUCAGAUACAAAAUUGAACACUGCAGAAUACAUAACGAUGGCAGCUGUAUCCAAAAUAUUUGCUGUAACAGCAACGUAUCCCUAUCAAGUUGUACGGGCUCGUCUUCAAGAUCAGCAUAAUAGAUACUCUGGUGUGUUAGAUGUGAUCCGCAGGACUUGGAGGAAAGAAGGAAUCCAUGGAUUUUACAAAGGAAUUGUCCCCAAUGUGAUCAGAGUGACUCCUGCGUGCUGCAUUACCUUCGUAGUUUAUGAAAAUGUGUCAGGUUUUCUACUUGGUUUUAGAAAAGAAAAUAACUAAAGGUCUCAAGAUAACAAUUGGUCAGAUUGUACUACAGAAAACUUCAUAUAAAAGCAAUUCCUGCAUCUGAAGCAUCUGAACUCUCUUAAGUCUUUAUCUGAGUCUCAUGAAGAAAAUUUGUAUGUAACUGCUUACAACAGUGUCUACAGAAUCCAUUUCUGUUACUUGGGAGAUUUUAGGUUAUGGAGUGCUCCAUGUUCCAUCGCUCAUCCGACACAAAAAAUGCAGCCUCAGUGGGGUGCAAUUUGGAAACUCAGAUUGCUUUGUAAAAUGGUCAGCCAUCCAUUCCUGGUUUGCAGUAAUUGCAAAUUGAAAUCCACUUCUUGUCUCAUACCAAGACAGAGUUGCAGUGUGGUUUUUGGCUUGUUUUUAACACCAGACCAAAGUCUGUUGUGCACAUUGUUGGCAACUUAGUUCAUUUGAUUUCUCAUCGCCCCACCCUCCUCAGCCACAGCUCCAGGACUGGUACAUCUGACUAAAUGCUCCUUAUUUGAAAGGAGGCUUACUUAAAAAAAAAAUAAUAAUAAUCCAAAUAAUUCACUAGUGAUGCAGUUUUAAAGCAACUCUAACAAAGACUGGUCUUUGGAAAAAAAAAAUCUAUAGGUUUUCUAAAAACUUUGUGCACAGGGCUUUCUUAAAAAACAUCUUCUGAUUUAGUCUCAGAAGUGACUAAGACUAUUGCUAUACAGCAGUAAGCUGAAUUGCAGUAUGUUUCAGCAUGGUUGAAUAAUAAUGUUUAUUUUUAUUCCAAUAAUUGCUGACAGAGAGAGGUGUUUUUUGGAGACUUGGGUUUAUCUGUUGUAGUUCAUUAUUGAGGAAGUAAUUUACUGAGCAUAACAUUUGCCUUCUACUGUGAGUAUGAAGGAGUAUCAGAUAUUAUCAACUGAGAAGGAAAGAAGGUAGGAAACAUUUUCAAUAGUUGAGGGGGAAUAAUGAGUUUUAUAUGAAGCAGAGAAUAUUUUCAUCUAGCUAAAAAUCUCAAUAACCACUUAGAGAAGUUGUUUUACAGAAAACUAACCCAGAGCAGAAAUAAGACUUGUUUUUUAAUUAAAAAGAGUUGGUUUUACUCUAGUUAAAUUUGAAAGUCUCCCAAAACCUGCUCGGUAUUUUGAAUCUCAGUUCAGCAACCUGGUUGCUUGUUUCUGUUGAUACUAUUGCCAUGCCUUGGGUGUUUGUUUGUUUGUUUUUUAGUAACACAGCUCCUCUUCCCCAGUCCCAUCCUCUCUGCUGUUACAGUUGAUAAUACAUUGUUAUCUCAUCUGAGAAAGCUGACUGGCUAUUUUUAAAUUAUUA